CAACUGCGAUACCGUUUCUCAAAGGAAACGGUAAUCUACCUCAUCAACAUGCUUGAAGGGGACUUGAAGAGGAACACAGAGAGGAAUGAUCCACUACCUGUUUAUCUGCAGGUUUUGACGGCUCUUCGUUUCUAUGCCGUUGGAUCAUUCCAGAAGAUGCAUGGUGACGAGGCAACAGUAUCACAGUCCUCUGUUUGUAGAAUCAUCAAAGAUGUUUCGGAAGCUAUUGCAGGAAGGAAGAGGCAAUUCAUGAAGUUUCCAACAACGAGAGAUGAAAUUGAAACGACCCAGCAGCAAUUCUACGAGUACUGCGGAUUUCCAGGGGUCAUAGGUGCUAUCGAUGGGACUCAUGUCUACAUCAGGAGUCCUGGUGGGGAUCAAGCCCUGUACUUCAUGAACAGGAAGAACAGGUAUUCUGUGAAUGUACAGGUUGUUUGUGAUCAUGCUGGGAAAAUGACAAGUAUCGUGGCAAGAUGGCCUGGCAGCACUCACGAUUCCCGGAUUUUCUCAGAGUGCACACUGAAGGAGCAACUAGAGGCAAGGGCAGAUGGUUCUGAGUUGCUACUUGGAGAUAGUGGGUACCCGUGCCUCCCCUAUCUCCUGACUCCUCUCCUACGUCCUCAAGGACGGCCAAAUGUGCGCUACAAUACUGCCCACAAAAGAGGGCGGUGCGUCAUUGAGCGCACAUUUGGCCGUUGGAAGAGGAGGUUCCCUUGCCUCAAUGAUCUGCGCGUGAAGGUGGACACUACAUUUACAAUUAUAGUGGCUUGCUCGGUCCUGUGGAAUAUCUCUCUCGACCGCCGCGAGCAAGAUAUUCCAGGACCUGAGCCCGAUGAGAUGCCACUUGUCCACCUUCCUCCUGGCCUCCAUGACGCUGUCGCUGGUAGGUUAUGGAGAGAUCAGAUCAUUGAGGAUCACUUCACCCAUUAACAGUCAGUACGCUGCUGCAAAAAAAAAGAGCCUGUAUUUAUCGUAGUUGUAUGCAAGCC